AUGGCUACGACAUCCAAACCUCAUCUCGGCAAAUUUCGCUAUCUGACCCGAGGAGCUCAGCCGACUCCAAGCAAAGAAGCCUAUCUGCUUCCAUCACUCUCUGAGUUUGGCGAUGUCGUCACUCUACCCUUGACUGACUUGCGGCCGUCCUUGGACCUUGGACAAGAUUCUCCAUACAAACUUGAGGUCCAUGGCUUUACUGCCCGUCGACAUUCUUCAGCUUUGAACUCAGCUCCCCACAGUCGCCAGAGUUGGAAUAAUGAAAAGCUUCUUCGUCAAACUUACUUUCCAGAAGUGGAAGAAUUCGUCAAGAACUUGACGGGAUGCAAGAAGGCUGUGGUAUCUGCUGCCGUUGUCAGAAAUCGUCUGUACAGCGAGGGUGAUGAGCCUUCGCCUACAGGUGAAGAGGUAGACGCACAACUACCUAGAUCAGAUGACACGUCUCACCUUUUCCCACCGAUCUUUGGCAAUUCUGCAAAGGACGGGGUAUGUCCAGCUCCCAAAGUGCAUUUAGACUGCACUCCCAAGGGAGCUAGACACCAUAUUCGCCGGUACCACAACGAAGUUGCUUUGGCAGCUGAAAAGGUCAUUGAGGCAGAAAACCGAUUGCUCGAGUCAGGCACCCAGUGGAACGAUCUCAAAGAUUAUUAUCGCGGGGGUGAGGCCGGUAGUGGAGGUGUUCCUCGCUUCGCCCUCUUCUCGAUAUGGCGACCUUUGAAGACUGUUCACCGUGAUCCUCUGGCUCUAUCCUCAGCUGCUUCGUUCCCUGUUUCUGACUACGUGCCCGCCGACCAGCGGGAGCCAACGGAUCACAGCAUUCCUUCUCACUUGUACCGCAUCAUUGAUCCCAACACUGGUGGUGCUGCCAACGGUGACACUGACAAUAGUGAUGAUACCUACCAGACUCAAAGUUACCUGGCAUAUGCCCCACGAGAUAAAGAAAAGACAUCUCAUGACUGGCAUUACAUCUCAGAGCAAAAACCUUCUGAUGUUUUAGUGAUCCAGCUAUUCGACAACGAGAUGGAAGCGCAUGCAAGAGCACCUCUGGAAGGCGGUGAAGGGAAGUCUGAUCUUGGAGUUGGAGGAGCUAUUCACAGUGCUUUUGAGCUGGUGGAUCAGGACGAGAAUGCCGAAGCUAGAGAAAGUAUUGAGGUUCGCGUGGCAGCAUUCUGGUGA